AGCAAUCUUUUCCUCCUUGGCUACUUUCAGGCAUAUCAAGUGAAUCCCUGUCCUAAAUCUCCUCAAUCACUCUUACUUCUCCUCUGCUUUCUUCCUUCUUCUCAGACUUUCUAUUUCUACUGCGGAUUUCUACUGUCACCCAGUGAUUAUGGAAGCUUCGUUGAGCCACCCUUUUGCCACUUACCAUCACAUUCAUGACCAAGCGUUCAAAGAAAAGCUUCAGGACGAAAUCCAACGCUUCAACGAUGAGAGGAACUGGGCUUGGGGGUUGAUAAUGGUGAUGGUCUCAGCCUUUGUAGUUAUUGCAUUCUUCGUUGGUUUGCUUCAGAAGAAACGGAGGAAGAUUGAAGAGAAGAAGCGCCAGAACGUCACAGUCAACGUCGCUGUCAAGCAACAGACAACCAUGCAUCAGAGGUUGAGAACUGACACUAUGAGAAAGUCACCGAGCCCGACAUCGGAUGAUCGCUCAAGGCGAAGCCCGUCCCCCGUCAGACGAAGCCCGUCCCCAACCAACACUGGAGCAAGCACGCCUCGUGGCAGCCAGUCGAACCUGCAGCUGAUGAAGAGAAGCAGUGGGAGCCGAUUCUACGCGAGUAUUGUGGCUCGAAAGAUGUCCCAAUCUAAUCUCUUGGAGAUGAUCUAACUGGUAGUAGGGAAGCCCUUUGCUGCCUGUGUACAAUACGUUUCUUGUAAAGUAAGAUGUUAAACAAGUUGUCUUCUU